GUAAAAUGGCGUAUCCUGGCAAGUUGGCGAAUGCGACCUCGUCGACGGGUGUGACGCACGAGUUGGAAGAGCUGCGCGUGGGAGUGUCGGAACUAGCCGAGUGCGUCGCGUGUCUGCUGCACACGAUCCUGUUUACACGUGCGCCGGGGCCGGUGCGUCCCGCCGAGGCUCACUGCAGGUUUCGACCUAUCACGUACGCGUACUGCCCCGUGGCCGAGGUUACGCGCAAGGUAGACGCAGCGAUCGUCCAGUUUCAACGACACAUGACUCGCCAUCACAGCGGGGGCGGGCAUCGCAUCACGGUGAUGUUCUUUGAAACGCGCGUUAACAAGGCGUUGUUCGGGUUAGUUCAGAACGAAGAAAAAGUGGUGUGGGAGAAGUGGACAUUGCCCAUCCGCGUCCUUGUCCAUCCGAGUGCGAACCCCGACGAGUACCACAUGCAGCUCGAGAGUCAACUGCGUCAUGGCAUGCUGCAGAUCGUGUCCACCGUGCAAACCGACACCCAACACAUCCCCAUCGGCAUCUACGACUACGAACUCCUCGUCAACGACGACGUGCUUUAGCCGCCGCGCAUCAUACAUUCCAUUAACCGCAACGAGUGUCCACUGAAUAUGGCUGUUGUUUUGCUUCUAUUUCAGAUUACCCCUAUGAUAUAUGAGGAGGGUUGCCCCCAAUGCUUCCAUGUCGAUCCAGCAGGCGCGCCACUGUCAGUCCACAAGUGUGUUCGAGCGGCGGCGUCGCGCGGUCUCCCAUCGCCGUUCGAAGCUACAAGGAAACGAGUGUUUCGUCAGUUGUUAUAAUAAAUAUAAUAAUAGUUAUAUUGUGGAUUCACA